AUGGCUAAAGCGUAUAGAAAAGAAGAUUUUGAUUACAUUAUGUCAAAGGUUGAAAAGGUUGAUCCAAAGGGGUUAAGGAAUAUUUGGAAGAAGCUGACUAUGAGAAAUGGUUUUCUUGAAGAAGUGAGGAUUCUAUUUGUUGCAUGGAAUUGUAAGAACAGUGAAAUUGCAUCUUAUACAAACACAAUGCUUGGGAGAAGAUUUCAAGAAAUACGAACUGAUAAUGGGGUUAAAUCGUUGCGGAUGACGGUUAAGGCAGCUGAUAGUUAUCUGUACUGUGUGUAUGAAUCAGGAAGGAGAUACAUUGUUGAUAUUGAGCAUGGCACGUGUAGUUGUUGUCGGUAUCAAAUUGAUGAAAUUCCAUGUGCACACGUAAUUGUGGUUUUGAAGAGUGUAAAUAUAGAUGUAAAAGGGUAUGGGUGUUACUGUUCAGAACUAUAUCGUCUAAACACCAUUGUCAAGACGUAUGAACUCCCCAUAAUUCCUAUGUCAGAUAUGAAAGAUUGGAUUGUACCAGAUUUUGUUGAUUCAGAUGAAGUCUUGCCACCCACAUACAAAAGACCUCCUGGAAGGCCAAAAAAAGGAAGACAUUUGAAAUCUAGUGAAUCACUUACAAGUUCAAACCAUUGCGGUAAAUGCGGCCGUGCAGGCCACAACCGUAGGACGUGCGGUUUCUUCCCAAAAGAAAGUUGA